AUGGCCGACAUAAGGGAGUCUAAGAGGCUUCGGCUCGACGAGGAGCUUGGCACCAUCAGCCUCAUCACACCUGUCGAGGAGAAGCCAGAUGCCAUUGCCGUCGAGUUCGUGGAGAACCAGCAUCAUGUCCGUGACGAGUUUCUGCCAGAAGGCAUCAAGGAGACCGAUGACGAGGUGCGCGAACACUGGUUCGUCGGCAGCAUCGACCAAGGCACAACCUCCACCCGCUUCCUCAUCUUCAAUGGCGAGGGCGAGCCUGUUGCCAACCAUCAGAUAGAGUUUGAGAACCACUAUCCCGAGUCAGGAUGGCAUGAGCAUGACCCGCUUGAGCUGCUCAGCUCGGUCGAGGAGUGCAUCGAGGGUGCCAUGGCUCAGUUCGCAGACAAAGGCUACUCCGCCAAGAACAUCCGCUCAAUAGGAAUCACAAACCAGCGGGAAACCACAGUCGUGUGGGACAAGACCACUGGUGAGCCCCUCUACAACGCCGUUGCGUGGCCCGACACUCGUACCACAAAUCUCGUGCGGGAGCUCAAGAGCCGUCCCGGCGCUGGCGACCUGGCCCAGGCCUGUGGUCUGCCCCUGAGCACCUACCCCAGCAGCGUCAAGCUGAUGUGGCUUAUCAACAAUGUCCCCGCCGUCAAGGAGGCCUAUGAGGAAAGCCGCUUGGCCUUUGGCACUGUCGACUCAUGGCUCAUCUUCAGGCUGAACGGUGGUGUCGACGCCGAGAAGCCGGUGCACGUCACUGACAGCACCAACGCCAGCCGGACCAUGUUCAUGAACCUGCGGUCCAUGAAGUACGACGAGAAGCUGCUGUCCUUUUUCGGUAUUGAUCCCACCAAGUGCGCGCUGCCUCGCAUCGUGCCGUCUUCGGAUGCCACCGCCUUCGGCAAGCUCGUCAGGGGCCCGCUCGCAGGCACGCCCAUUGCCGGCUGCCUUGGUGAUCAGUCCAGUGCCCUAGUUGGCCAGUGCGGCUUCCAACCCGGCCAGGCCAAGAAUACAUACGGCACCGGGUCCUUCAUUCUGUACAAUGUCGGUACUGAGCCCGUCAUCUCCAAGUCUGGCCUGCUGGCGACAGUGGCCUAUGACUUUGGGGCAGGCCGCAAGCCCGUCUACGCCCUGGAGGGCAGCAUCGCCGUCGCAGGCUCAGGCGUCAAGUUCCUCAUCAACAACCUUGGCUUCUUCGAGACGUCUGACAAGAUUGAGGAGGUUGCCCAGAGUGUUCCCGACAGUGGUGGUGUCAUCUUCGUCACCGCCUUCUCGGGUCUCUUCGCACCCUACUGGAUCGAUUCGGCCAAGGGCACCAUCUUCGGCAUAACACAGCACACCAAGAAGGGUCACAUCGCCCGCGCCACCCUCGAGGCCACUUGCUUCCAGACCAAGGCCAUCCUGGACGCAAUGGAACAGGACUCUGGCAAGAAGCUGCAAGUGAUGGCUGUCGAUGGUGGGCUCUCCAACUCGGAUCUCUGCAUGCAGACGCAAGCGGACGUCAGCGGUAUCCCCGUUGAUAGGCCCGCGAUGCGUGAGACCACGGCGCUUGGCGCGGCCAUCGCGGCUGGCCUGGCGACUGGGGUCUGGGCCGAGCUGGAGGACCUGUCCCAGGUGAACCGCAGGGACAGGAAGGUCUUUGAGCCGCAGAUCUCCAAGGAGAAGAGCGCCAAGAUGUUCAAGAAGUGGAAUCAGGCGGUCGAGAUGAGUGCAGGGUGGAUAAGAGACAACUCUGAUGAUGAGUAG